ACAGCGUCGUCUGCCACACUCGCCUGCUGACGAGGAAGAUGCCAAGUCGGCAGGGUGCGCUCCGGGUUGGGGCCAUGGCAGCGACCUUCAAGCCGGUGACACACGUGCUUUUCGACUUGGACGGCGUGAUUUUGGAUACGGAGAAGCUGUACACGAAGGCAGUGCAGACCGUGGCCGACCGUUAUGGCAAGCUGUACACGUGGGAACUCAAGCAGCGGGUGAUGGGCAUCCCGGGAAAAGAUGCGGCUCGUCUGGUGAUCGACGGCCUCGGACUCCCAUUGGGCACCGAGGAGUACCUGAAGGAGAUGGACCGCCUCUACGCCGAAAUGUUCCCCAGCGCCGAACUCAUGCCCGGUGUGGAACGACUGGUGCGCCACCUGAAGAAGCAUGACGUGCCCACGGCUAUCGCGACCAGCUCGAAGCCGUUGUCGUUCGAACUGAAGACGUCGAAGCAUCGCGACCUGGUCGCUCUCUUCCACCACGUCGUCAUGUCCGGCGGCAACGCGGAGGUCAAGCAUGGCAAGCCCCACCCGGACGUCUUCCUGGUGGCAGCGUCCAAGUUCGAAGAAAAGCCGCCCCCCGAAAAGGUUCUGGUGUUCGAAGACGCACCAAAGGGCGUCACUGCAGCCCUAGCCGCCGGUAUGCAAGUCGUCCUGAUCCCUGACCCUCGCAUGGACGAAGAGAACCGGCGUCGGGCGACUCUCUGCAUCGCCUCGCUUCUGGACUUCAAGCCCGAGCAGUUCGGACUACCACCCUUCGAGGAGCGGCCCAAGGAUGGGCCCAAGGGUGGCCUCGAAGAUAGGCUUGAGCUGAAGGUGGAGUGAGCCAGCAAGACGGCGAGCACGUGGCAAUAUCUGGGUGUCGCUUUCAUGGACACCAGGUGCAUUCCCGUCGAGGCCCACAGGCGCGCCAUAGAAGUUCUCUCCUUGUUCACAUGAAAGAUGUGUCCUGCUUGAACCCCCAAGGGUGGGAACUUCUAGUGCGAUGUUUCCAGAGAUUCGCCUCACUUCGCAGAAUGAGCUGAACGUCUUUGGGCACUCACGCACAAGCUCUUUUACUUGUAAUUUAUGGUGUUUUUUACCUAUUAACGCCGCAGGGACCUUUAUGUUUUGUAUAGAUUCUGUAUAAAUUCAAUAGGCGUGACGAACGUGGGGCCUAACUUAUUUUCUUAGGUUCAGUUCCCACGAGAACAUUCCGAUAUCUACCAUAUCUCUUUCUUGCGACACGUUUAUCUACGUCUUUUAGUGCGUACUAUUGUUGUUCAGUCCCAACCUUAGUCGAAGAUUUAUACCAAGGACCGAUUGUGAUGACAAGCGUGUGUUUACAUACUCUGCUACUGUGUGACGCUGUGACCUGUUUGCCUUGCCUUGCUGAGAACCUCUCCUCUCUUCCAAGUGCCUCUAAGCAUUAUAGUUCACGCGUUUAACGUCCAUUUGGCAGAGUUCUAAUCUACUUUAGCAGCUUUAGACAAUCCGUCUGAGCAGCUGGUUAACACCUGCGGGUGGGUGUAGUGAGUGUUAUUUGUGCGAGAGCGCUUUUUGCCAUAGUUCAAUGAAGCAACCUAAUAAACAUGUACGCGUUUUGGAAAGAAAAAUGUCACUAGCACAAUGUGUGUUGAUGGGGCUUGUUAUACUUAUCCUAAACGUGUUUGUUAGGACGAUUCCCGUACGCUAAGCAACACGUCGGCCAAUGCUGGUCGCUAAACACCGAUUUGUCGUCGGUCUUGCGCUUAACUGAGCCGCUGUCAAGGCAAUCGUUGCUAGAACAUUCCCACUAGCAACUGUUGUUUCGUAUGAUGGUGUAUAGUCCUUAUAUACUUUAAAUGGAAGGGGAGCAGCUCCCUGAAGGGUUUCACGUUAUGUCCUUCUCUGUCGAGGCUUAGAUAGUAGGCUAAGGUGACUGUUUUCACCUCUUACUUUUUGAAGCCUCGUAUAUGUGCUAUGUAUCCCCUCCCCACCCAUGAUGUAUCAAGCAGACUAAACAGUCUACCGGUAGAGAGAUCUUGCCUAGAGCCUCUUCUUCGUACGAAGAAAUGAAGAAUAUAGUGAACGCAAAAUGAGUUGAAGGAAUCACGAAAAGUGGUACAGCAAACUCAGAGAUACCAGGUGUCGUGCGUAGACUCCGCGACAGAUGGCGUCACGUGACUGAAAGCAUCAGUUUCGGAGGCUCUCAGACUACACCAAUAAAACACAAAGCAGCAGGUGAAUGAAAACGGUCGAAGACGAAGGUCACUGGAGACAACGUUUCUACUACGAAAUAACCCGAGAAAACGUAGCUUUUCUUUACCGCCUGAGCCUCUGGUAGCUUUCGUGGGCUGCGCAGAUACCCAAGACGUUUGGAACGUUAUACAUUAUAAGGCUGGUAGUGCGCGUUUACCAUUUAGCCUCACUUUCCUCCCUGUGGUUACCGGCGAGUAAGUUUCAAUGCCGAGUGUUCUUUCGCUUUGGACUUAGUCCCGCCGGUAGAAAUCGCAUGAAUUGGUUCGGCUUCCUUGUCGAGUUCAUCACAAGACCAGGGAUGCCCGAACCAGGAAUCGCUGACAGACGCGUCACUUGUCUGCCUCCGUUUCGGGGGCGUACCAGAUAACGUUUACUAUCAGUCGCCGUUCGUCAUGAGGGAAGGCAAUUAGUGUAUUCAAAGUUGAUGUUCGGGAAAGUGCCCCCUUCGUGACUGACUUGACUGCCCAGCGUUGUACAGUGACUUGGCACGCACUGAAAUAUAUAGCAAUGGAACGCUGGCGGCGUAAACUUAAGCGUUUUUUCUCGCUCGUGUUGGCAACAUGGUUGUUUGUGGAACAUCGCUUAGCUCAGGAGAGCCCUCACGAAAGAUGGCAUCCAAAGUUCUUAGAGUGAGCACAAUCACUGGCAUAUUUCCACGCAUCGUAGCGAAACGUGGCCGUAGGCAUAGGUCGGCCAGAUAUGCGAAGCUCACUCAGGCUGAGCAAAUAUAUUUUGGGCUUAGGCCUCACUUAGACCCAGAGUCAGCAAAAUUUUUCUCAACCGGACUCGCUCCCACGCAGACUCAACCAGAUAUUACUCACCCGAACUCACUGAUACUGAGAUUCUCGGCUUGAUCUCAGUCAGUGUCAGUCUCAGUGAGUCGACCUAUAUAAGAGUGCGUUUGCCGACCUAUGGCCACAGGUGUUUUGGGAACCAGCAAGCUCUUCUGUUAAACCAAAUUUCUAAAUACACCUUGCACCUAUUGCAGGAGUUUUUUUUUUCGCAGAAUUGUACUUGUCACCGGGUUCGCUCGCACUUCCUCAUUAAAUAAAAUCUGCGCUCGGCAGUUGCCUAUCAUGAGUGUUGUGCCACGCUGAGCGCUCUCAUGCCAUUGGUGAACAAAAAACACGGAUCGAGCUAUCUUAAUGCUAGGAAUGGGUCACAAGGUAAAUGGUUAUUGCUCUUGUGCAACAAAAAUACCAGCCGAAUCGAGCAAGUGUGUUUAGAGCGUACCCUACAGGUUUGACAAAUAAGGGGAGAUCCCACGUAUAUUUCAAGGAAACUUGGUGCAAUUUUACUCUUAACGAAUUUAUCUGUUUUGUCAAUCACAAUGCAGGUUGAUAGAUGACUUCACAAAUAUUUAUUGUACAGGCGUGUGAACGUACUAUUCUCGUAUGUGUUUCUUAAAGGUACGUUAUGUUCAACGUUACUUCUCAAAUCAAACCUGUUUCAGUGCACCACAUUUACUGAUUACGGCAAUCCACACUGUUCUGAUCAAGCUUCCUUUGUGAGAAUCUUUCAUGGUUUCCCUGUCCAAGGUUGUUUGUGCUGUUGCCCCGCUACCAUAGAAGUAUUUGACCAUAUAAUUCCCAGAAACAGCAAUAUCUGCCUUCAUGCACAAUAGCCCAAUGUUCUAACCGUUAGCCCACUACUGAGCACCACCCAGAACAAGUGAAUGAGAAAGCCAUUGCCUGCCUGCUUAAGGCCGAUCUCAACCAUCUUCUCAAUUUUACGUGGCCUCCGAGAUCAGCUUUGACCGCGCGACAGAACACAAGGUUAAUCCAAGAAUUGCACCCUGACAUUCGAACGCCAACUUGCGAGUUGUGCCACCGGACAUCUACGUCAAGCAAAAGGGUCACCUCCAAUGUUUUUGGGCUGACCAGCAAUGCCGAGCAUCCACUGAUGACACACACACACACACACACACACACACAAACACACACACACACACACAAACACACACACACACACACACACACACACACACACACACACACACACACACACACGUGCGCGCACACACACACACAUGAAUUUAGUCAGCUCCGCCUGGCGGACACUGACGUGAUACAGCGAAGGUAGUGGUGUGCAAUGAGGCUUAAUUAAGUGGGUUAAUAAAGUGAAUGAUGUGGCAAGGAAGUACGUUGGAACGAAGGGGGAAUGAAAAGGUAAUAGCGGCGGGAGCACUCGGAGGUGUAGUGGUCAGUUGUGGCAGUUGUACGUAGUGGAGGCUGUGGGAGGAGUGGCACCUAGCCGCAGUGGGAUUCACCUACUUUCGGUGGGUAAAUUAUACUGUGUAUGAUCUGUGACGGUCCCGGGAUAUGAAAGCCUCGACCACGAACAGCUUCGCUGUUUAAACAAAAACAACAAAAACAGUCGUCACGAGCUCCGAGUGUCAGGUUUGAAACUGUGAGCACUGUAUACGUGGCGAAGAGCAGUACGCGUCGACAUCUCGUUUUUGUGUGUGUGUGUAUGUGCGUAUGUGUGACGUAUACCAAGCUCGCUUUGGUGCUGUUGUAACUGUGGUACAAAUGAUCUCACACGCAAGUGAUCGCAUUGGGGUUUGUUGGAUGUUGUUCGUUGACGGGGUGAUGUUCGUUGAUUGUUGAAUAAAGAAUAAGUACUGGUGGUCGCA